AUGGGAAAAGCACGAAAGUAUGUAGUGAAAAAACAUUUUGAAGGUGUCCCUAAGCGGGAUGAUUUUGAAAUAGUGGAAUAUGAACUACCAUCUUUGAAACCCGGUGAUGUAUUAGUUAAAACGGAAUGGAUCAGCGUAGAUCCAUACUUAAGAGCUCGCAACACUGUGUAUUCUCCACCAUUUGAUCAAUUCUCUACUCAAAUCGGGCUGGUUAUUGAAAGCAAUCAUUUUAAAUAUCCCGUUGGUACUAAAAUUGUUUCUCACAUUGGUUGGUGCGAUUAUGGUAUAGUUAAUAUGAAUGAAGAAGAACCACUCAGAACUUAUAAACUACCAGAUUUUGAAGAUCUGCCAACGUCCUAUGCAAUUGGUGCUCUCGGUAGACCAGGAGCGACUGGUUAUUUUGGACUUUUAGAUAUUUGCAAACCUAAGGUUGGAGAAACUGUGAUUGUAACAAGCGCUGCUGGAGCAGUAGGGACUAUGGUGGGACAAAUUGCUAAAAUUAAAGGGUGUAUAUUAAUUGGUAUUACUGGCUCGGAUGAGAAAGUACGAAUUUUAGAAGAUGAAUUCGGUUUUGAUAAAGCGUUUAAUUAUAAAACAGUAGAUAUUUCAGAAGUUCUAGAGGAAGCAGCCCCUAACGGCGUUGAUUGUUACUUUGAUAACAUUGGUGGGGAAAUAAGCAGCAUAAUCAUCAAACAAAUGAACAGUUUCGGAAGAGUUGCGUGUUGUGGUAGCAUAAGUUCAUACAAUGACAAUCCACUUAAAAUGCCAAAAGCAACAGUUAUACAACCGUAUGUAGUUAACAAACAAUUAACGCUUGAAGGAUUUAAUGUUUCAAGAUUUGCCGAUAGAUGGCAUGAAGCUUUACCCGAAGUUAUAAAUUGGAUCAAAACGGGACAAAUUAAAGUAAAAGAACAUGUAACAGUAGGUUUUGAUAACGUAUUGAACGCUUUUGUAGGAAUGUUAGCUGGAGAAAACGUGGGAAAGGCUGUUGUUAAAAUGUAA